AUGCCCUCCUUCCGCAGAGGGUUUAAGACCAUCAAAUGUGGAAUCUCAGACAAAAAUGUCCUUUGAAAUUAUCAAAGAAGUAAAAAAUUGAAAAUAUUUCAUUGCCCUUCAAGAUUAAUAAAAGGAAGGAAUACAAUUUCUACUAAUUAAAAAUGAAGAGUUGUCCAAUUCUUGCCUAAUGAAUGUCUAAGCUUGUUAACAAAAGGAGUAAAAGAAAUGAGCCCCAGCCCCUCAUUCUUUUCUUUUUGUUUUCAGCGUCAGGGAACAAAGAGAAGGAGAAAUGGAGUAUCUAAAGGUCGGAGAACUUGCCGGAGAGAAGUAGAGGAGGGGAGGAAGCUGCCUUCUAUUCUGAAAAGUCCCAUGAGCCAGAAUAAUGAUUUCCUCCGCUUUCGGCAACUAUUAUGUCCAGACCCGCUCUGUAGGGUGUGUAAUAGAACAGCAGCUAAGGUCAGUCAACUGAUCUGUAAGGCGUCCUUGGAAGAUGCUCUUAAUUCUGUGUCCCGUGUGUCUUCCGUGACGUCUGUGAGAGAGUCAUCAGUUUUUCUGUCCGAUGUUGUCUCUGCAAUCCCUCCGGGAGCUUCAGUUUCAACUCCUUUAACUGAGCCAACUCUAUUUCCUUCCUCUAUUCGUUCACCUGACCAAAUUACCCCUUUAAUGGACCUACCUGGACCCUCAUUACUGGGUGACUCUCUGCCACCAGAGCCUUCUCCCUUGAGUUCAAAAUUGCCAGUGGAUCAUAUCCCACCUCAACCAUCUGUUCCAACUCCUCCCCCACCUGUUCCAACCCUUCCCCCACCAACUGACAGUCAAGAAGCAAAACCUGUUCUCCAACCAGAAGCCCCUUUGUCUCUGGUGGAUAGCCCUGAUGGGUUGUCUAUUAAUGUCCCAACAACCACAUGCACUGACAGUGCAAGCCUUCCAGUGUCAGAGUUCUCUGGAAACCAGUCUCAUGCUGAAAACUUGUCUCCAUCUAAAUUGGAGCACUCUGAUGAUGACAAAAACCUCCUCGACCUCCAUCCUCCUGAGGCCUCUUUUGAGAGUGAUACUACAGCCAUCCUUGUAGAGCCCGGAAACCUCUCAUUUCUAUGCCCUGAUGUCUUGGCCCUUCUGGAGAGACAUAUAAGAAAGAAGGGUGAUUUCCUGAUGCAGAACAAAAAGAAAAAGGAAAAAAAAUCUUUUCCAAAAGAACUUAAGCCAGACGACCAAUUGAAUUCUUCAGGGAAAAGGUUAGAGUCAGUUGCUGAGCAACAGGACUCACCUGUCUCCCUUCCUUCACAGAGCAGUGAAGGCAAAUCAGAGGGAUUGCAGGUAGACCACCAGUCCUCAGAUCCUAAGACCUUUGAGGAUAACUUACCUAAAAAAUGUACCCAAUUCUUCUGGGGUCUCCCAUCUUUGCAUAGUGAGCCCUUGAAAUCUAUAGUACCUGAAUCAGGUGACUGUUCAACCUAUGUCUGCGUCAAUUCAAUGCCUAGUUCCUUUGAAGCCCCUGAAUCUCUAGUUCUACCCCCUCCCCCAACUCUGUCCUUGCCUGAGAUCCAAUCUCAACCCUUGACCCAAGCACUGUGCCAAUCUCCUGUCCCACCCCAGGACCAGCUUCAAUUUUCAGUCCCUACCUUGUCACCACCCAUUUCAUCUCAGGUUAGUGAUGGUGGAGUGAGGAUUCAUAGAUUCCAGGAUGAGGUACACUCUCUCAUGCCAUCCAAAAUUCAUGACUUGGAAUAUAAUGUAUUACAGAAAGGACAGGAAAGUUUGUGGGGUUUACCCUCUGUGGUUCAAAAAUCCAAGGAAGAGUUUUGUCCUGCAGCUCCCAGUGUUUUAUCUGAUAGACGGUCCUCCAAGGCUUAUGCUCCAACAACCAUCAUUCCGGGAGAUUUUCCCCUCAAAAAAGAGCUUCGGGAGAAGCUAGAGCACCACCUUCAGAAAAGGCUUAUUCAACACCGGUGGGGUCUGCCCCGCAGAGUCCAUGAGUCUCUGUCAAGGAUGAGUCCUGAAACAGAAAUUUCCGAGAUAUCUGAGUCAAAGUCCACUUAUGGACUUUCAUGGAUCUCUUUGUUUAAGGGUCAAAGUAGCAAAGAUUUACAAUUGAGCCAUCCCAGAAGUUUCCAUGAGAAGAACUCAGAAUUACUUCCACUAGGGGAGAGAAUGAAGAAAGUAAAUAGUCUAGAGAUUGGCACAAAAGAUGAUCCAUUGAGUGACUCAGAGGGGGCUCCAGAUAAUGAUCUGGACUCUGACUUUAAGACAAACCUAAAAAACAAAUUGAAUAGUCUUUUUGGAAAAAAAUCAAAGAUCUCAGAGGAGAGCUCAGUUCAGAAACAACUGACAGAAGCCCUAGAAAUACAUUUGAGCAAGAAAUUUGAGGAAAUCAAUGUGUGUCAGAUGCCUGGCACCGUGAAUAGAUCAUUGCAUUCUAUGGAGCCAGUAUUGAUUAGUCCUGAGAAAUCCCUUAGCCAAACGAAACACAGAGAUUUGGUACCACUGGUGUGUAAGGACAAGGGCCUCAAUACCUCCCAGGAUAUUUCCUUGCUUGGUUCCAACAAACAAAAGAUCUUGGAAGACCAUAUUAAACUCUUUCAUAAGAGGAUGAUGUGUGGGCUUCCCCAAAAGGUCCAGGAAUCCAUAGACAUCUUCAAAAUGAAAGGAACCCCAUCCUGGUCCUCAGUUCGCUCCAACAUUUCCUCCUCAUCCAGUCUUACUUCUGGCAAGGAUUCCAAAAUUGGGGUCUCCAAGCCCCUUAAAGAAAACAUUAGUACUUUUCAUGUCAACAAGGUGGGAACAAUAAUUUCAGGCCCUACUCUAGAUCAUCCUCUUUCUGCCACUUCACCUGUGAGCAAGGAAAAUAAGAGGGCCCUAACACAUUCACCCUCUCACACCAACCCUGAGCUUACAGAGAAUGUCAAGGCAAUUGAGGGUGACAGACGGGCUUCUUUGCCCUUCCCACACAGUGACAAAGAUAAAGACAGUCAGAAACAGACUGUAAUAGCCAAUAAAUGCAGCCCAAAGUUGCCCACAAAGCAGGCUGGGGCCAGACCCAAAUCAUGGAAUAAGGAAGUGAGUCCCAGCAAUAGUAAAGAAAAGAUUCAGAGAAAAAUGAUUAAGAAUUUAGAAUAUUUUCCCAUGUCUAACAAGUCCAGGGAGAUAUUCAAGGCAAAGGAGCUCUGUGCUAUUCGAUCACAGUCUACGAACAGCCUGACGACCACAGAGUCAGAAAGCUCCUCAGCGACAGAUAUGAAUAUGAGUAAAGUUGAAUCAACCCUAACCAUUGAAAGGCCCCCAGAAGGAAUAUCAGUUCUCAAAGAUUCCGAAUCAUUAGAUCUUAAAAAUCAGUUGCUUAAUGAGUUGAAGAUGAAAACUGAGAGCAGGGAGCGGGGCCUGGUUCCAGCCUUUUCUACUGAGUUGUCUCUGGCCUCAGAUAAGUUGACUUCCAAGACCCUGGCUUCCAAGACCUUAGCUCCCAAAACCUUGACUUGCAAGACCUUGACUUCCUUCACUCAUUUUCAUAGUGCCUUUAGUGGGGACAUGGCAGCUCCCCAGGUGCUACAAGACCACUGUGACAACAGAGGGAUCAACAUAGAGCAGGGGCAAGAACCCUGGAUCCCUACACAUGUCUUAUGCAAGUGUCAGGAUAAGACAUUAGCAUCAAAAAGGGUGUGCCCUCUGGUACCCCAAACAGGCAAGUUUGGUGGAGGGGAUGCAGGGUUGGUGACACGCCAACCUAGAGGGAAACUCCCCCACCCUCAAGACAGAACACUAAAGGAGGCACUUGGGAGCAAGUCCUCCUCAGCCCCAUCACUGAAGGGACAGCCUUCUCCUGAAAACAAUUUUAUUAGCCAGCUCAAACACUUGUUUCAAAGGCUUUAUCUUGGUAUAACAUGCAAAGGACAAGAAGGGUCUCUGAAAAAGGGCAGCUCUUCAUCAUCUGUGCAAGGCAGAAACCCAGCUAAGAAGAGAGCUGCCUUUACUGGGAAUACUGAAGCUCAGAAAAUCAUGACAGACAUUGGGAAGAUCCUAGAGGAGAAACUAGCAGGUCGGCAUGGAGUAGAGGCCACCACCCCGCAAAAGCCUCUUUCCACCCCCAUGAGGCCUGGGAAAAUUCAGCACAAGACUGGAUUGCCGGUUCAGGCAGAACCCAUCCAGAAACAUGCCUUCAAUGUCAAUACUCCCUGUGCUAAGGUGCCAAGUGCCAAAUCUUGCAGCCAAGAAGUUGGCUUUGCUGGUCAGAGACAAAUGAAAACAAAUCCAUACAGAAACUUGUACACUAAUGCUCAUAGCAGUAUUAUUCAUAAUAUUCAAAAUGUGACAACAACCAACAUAACCAACCAAUUAAUGGACAAUUGGU